UUUGUUUUUGUUAAAAGUAGUUUAUCUCGAGCCAAAUACUCAUCAGAUUCAUCCGAGUGUCCUUCAUAAUUUCAACGCCAUUUGGUCAUUUGAUAUGAAUUUUGUGGCGAGUUAACUGUUUGUCAAAAUGUCUGAAUGAAUUUUCUACUUUAUCAACAAACAAGUUCAUCUCCAUUGUUGAGUGUGAAGUCGUCAUGACAAACUCGGUGGAGCUUACUCUUCUCAUUAUCUAUGCCCUUUCAUUUUACCUUUUCAUUAUUCAUCGAUCUCUUCAAAUCUCCCGCGAUCAUUACACCAAACUUAAUGGACUUCGAUCUGGUUGGAUCUUUCAUCGACUCAAUGAUGUAUCUGAUGCUCAGUGGAGAAAUUUUCGAGGAAAUUUGAUGAUUCUUACAUUAGUGUUUGGAAUCUUCACUCUAAUAGCUACUUCAUGUAGAAAAUAUGGUCUAAAAGCAAAGGGAAUGUCGGUCGUUUGGCUGAUGAUUUCUUUGGUUUAUUUGUCAUAUCUUCAUGGAGCUUGCAUCUCAUACAUCUUGUCUAUAGCUUCAGCUAAUUUUAUCCUAGUAAAGAUAUGCGGGAGAACAAAAUUUGUUUUUCUGCUUUGGAUCUUUAAUCUUACAUUCCUCAUAUGUAACCGUGUUUAUGAAGGGUAUCCAUUUUCCCUUUUUGGGCAAAGUUGGGCAUAUUUGGACAAUUACCGAGGCACUUUUAGGUGGCACAUCUGCUUCAAUUUUGUUAUCCUGCGAAUGAUUAGCUUCGGAUAUGACUACCAUUGGGCAUAUUACUCGAAUUGGUUUGACAAAGAGAAGCACAUCCAACGUUGCAAUGAUUGUUCUUCAGGUAGAACAUGCUACCAGCUAUUGCAGGAGAGAAGUUUUGAGGAUGAUAAAUUCUCUUUCACUAUAUACUUGUGUUACCUGAUUUAUGCACCUCUAUAUAUUGCUGGACCAAUUGUUAGCUUCAAUGCAUUUGCUUCACAGCUUGACACUCCCCAGAAGACGCACUCAUUGAAAAAAGUGGUUUGGUAUGGACUUCGUUGGAUUUUUAGCCUGAUGCUUAUGGAAUCAAUGACACAUUUCUUUUACUAUAAUGCGUUUGCCAUUAGUGGCACAUGGAAAUAUUUAUCUCCUUUGGACAUCUUCAUCAUCGGGUAUGGAGUAUUGAACUUCAUGUGGCUCAAGUUUUUUCUGCUUUGGCGCUACUUUCGCUUCUGGUCACUGAUCAAUGGUAUUGAGGCCCCUGAGAAUAUGCCUAGAUGUAUAAAUAAUUGCUACAACUUGGAAAGUUUCUGGAGAAACUGGCAUGCGUCGUUUAAUAAAUGGCUUGUUAGAUAUAUGUAUAUUCCUCUUGGGGGUACUCAGACGAAGCUGCUAAAUGUGUGGGUUAUCUUCACAUUUGUUGCUGUAUGGCAUGAUCUGGAGUGGAAACUUCUUUCUUGGGCAUGGUUGACCUGCAUAUUCUUUAUACCAGAAAUGAUUGUAAAGUCAACUACAAAUACUUUGAAGGUGGAAAGUUCUGUUGGCAAGUUUCUGUACUGUGAACUUAGUGCUGUUGCCGGGGCCGUCACCAUCACUUGUCUCAUGGUUGCCAAUCUUGUUGGUUUUGUCAUUGGAUCAUCGGGAAUCAAUUGGUUGCUCUCUAAAUUUCUCCAGAAAGAAGGACUACCUACUCUUGGCGGCAUGCUUAUUACGUUUUACGUUGGAACUAAGCUCAUGUUUCAUAUCUCUGAUGCCAAGCAAAAACGCAUCCACAGCAGAUGAAAACAAAGGUUCAUUCCUGGGCAAACAGAACACAAACAACAUGAUACAAAAUCCAUUAGCAUCUCAUGAGAGGACCUCAUCAGUAGAUAUUACUUGGUCAUUUUUGAGGAAUUCAUUUUCACCUUGAAUUAGUCCGUCAACCAACUACAUCUCUCUAUCCCAAACUAGUUAAGAGUUUUUUGUUUCUCUUUUUUUAUUCCAAACUAAUUAAAAGAGUUUUUUGUUUCUCUUUUUUUAUCCCAAACUAGUUGCAGUUGACUAUGGGCUGAUUUGGAAGAUUACUUUGUAGUUGGAUUUGGUAUGAUAAUAGAAGUGCACCAAUAUCCGUAUUUAAGCGAUGUGCAGAUAAUAUUAAAAAUAUUAUUUCUAAUCA